UUCCUUUUGCUUCAGCUUGCAGACCAGUUUUGCAAUGCCAUUGGAGUGUUACAGCAGUGCGGCCCUCCUGCCUCUUUCAGUAACAUUCAGACAGCAGUUAGUAAAGACCAGCCAGCCAAUCCUACGGAAGAGUACGCCCAGCUUUUUGCAGCACUGAUUGCACGAACAGCAAAAGAUAUUGAUGUUUUGAUAGAUUCUUUACCCAGCGAAGAGUCCACAGCUGCUUUACAGGCCGCCAGCUUAUAUAAGCUGGAAGAGGAGAACCACGAAGCUGCCACGUGCCUGGAGGAUGUUGUCUACCGGGGAGACAUGCUUCUGGAAAAGAUCCAAAGUGCACUUGCCGACAUCGCACAAUCACAGCUCAAGACCAGGAGUGUCACCCACAGCCAUCCUCUUGUAGACUCGUAGCAUCAGCAGCCGGCAUGUGACUGAGAAGAGA